ACCGCCCUCUCACCGCUGCCCUGCCUUGACCUUUGCACGCGUACACUGUCAAUUGAAGCCAUGUCUACCCUCCGCGCAUUUGCCUCGCGUCGUCUUGCUCAGAGUCGCGCGAUGCCUGCUACUCGCCGCUUUGUCGCUACUGAAGUCCCGCCGCCAAAUGGCAAGAACAGCAAUGACUGGCCUUGGGUGAUCACGUUCGUUAUGGUCUCCGUGCCGGUCAUAGCUUGGGCGACGACCCCGGUCGGUUGGAGGAGCGCAGGUCAUGCUGCCCAGGGCGUGACCAAAUUCUCGCCGAAGGUCGCAGAUGCGAGCGCACCUCCCAGCGACGCAGUGAUCCAGUCUGCCUUGCCAUCCGCCAGCGACCCCAACGCCGCCGAGAUCUCAGCCAAGCUUAGGCGCGCUUACCCCAUCGCCCACCCUGGCGGCCUCUCCAUCCCGCCAAUGGUUAACGAGAGCGAGCCGAGCGAUAGCCUCGCAGGUCGCCGCAAGACCGGCACGUUCCAGCACUUUGACGAGGACGGGCCCACGGAUAUGGCGAGGGCUCGCGUUGCGGCUGUGAACCACGUCGUGCCGAAGGAGGUGGCUGAGGGCAAGAGGGUUUGAUGUUACGACUGACGUUCAAAGUUCACGCGCAAAGAUGUAACUGUAUGAUACAAUGUAUUCUAUGUACUUUAGGGCAGCACAAAUCGCACAUAAAUAUCAUUGAUCCACGGCACACUGUCCGCCCCGAAACGGGUGCGCCUC